AUGCAGCGGGCCGAGCUCCGGGAGCGGGAGGAGGCGGCGGCGGCCUCGUACCGGGUGCUCAGCCGCCUGCUGGGCUAUGGGGCCGGGCCGCAGCCGGGCGGCGGCUCGGAGGGCGGCGCGGCCGGGGGGUCCCCGCCGCCGCUGAGGGGCUCCCGCCCGCCGCCGCAGCUCAUGGUGUUCCGCAAGGUGGGGCGGCCGGGGGGGGCGGGCGGGGACGGGCCCGGCCCCUCGGAGCUGCUCUGCCCGCGGCACCGCUGCGCCCUGGAGCCCAAGGCGGACCCGCGCUGGGGGGGGCUCCCGCCGGCCGGGCUGGAGCUGCAGCUGGCGGCGCUGGAGCUGCAGCGCGGGAAGGGGCCCGGCGGCUGCCCCUGCCUCAGCCUGCUGCCCGCGCCGGGGGGCCCGGCCGCCGAGGAGACCAGCGACGCGCUGCUGGUGCUGGAGGCGCUGGAGCCCGACGAGGCCGAGAGCGGCUCCGAGGAGGAUCUGGGCAGCCCGGGCCGGGCCGGGGCCGGCGUGGGAGGGAGGCCGGGGGGCCGGGCCCAGCCGCCGCCCGGGGGAGGCGGCCCCGGCGCUAGGAAGGGCUCGCUCAAAAUCCGCCUCAGCCGCUUCUUCCGCACCAAGAGCUGCAGCGGCUCCUCGGCCGGGGGGGAGCCCGCCGCCGGCAGGAGGCGCUCGGGGGAGCUGCCCGCCUCGGGCGGGAGCCUGACCGACGUGUCCAGCCCCAGGGGCCGGGAGCAGGACUCGGGCAGGAAACCCCGAUUGACAAGAACUCAAAGUGCCUUUUCUCCGGUUGCUUUCAGCCCCCUCUUCACAGGUGAAACUGUGUCACUAGUGGAUGUGGACAUCUCCCAGCGAGGACUGACCUCGCCUCACCCUCCGACUCCUCCACCUCCGCCACGGAGAAGCCUCAGCCUGCUAGAUGAUAUCAGUGGGACGCUGCCUACAUCUGUUCUAGUGGGUCCGAUGGGGUCUUCCCUGCAGUCUUUCCCUCUGCCUCCGCCUCCUCCACCCCAUGCCCCAGAUGCGUUUCCCCGGAUCGUCCCGUUCAGACCGAUAGAGGCAGUGAACAGCCAGACCACCCAGCAUCUUCACUGUCCUCUCUACCGACCAGACUCGAGCAGCUUUGCCGCUAGCUUGCGAGAACUGGAAAAGUGUGGUUGGUACUGGGGACCAAUGAACUGGGAAGACGCAGAAAUGAAGCUGAAGGGGAAACCAGAUGGAUCCUUCCUGGUACGAGACAGUUCCGACCCUCGUUACAUCCUGAGCUUAAGCUUUCGAUCACAGGGUAUCACCCACCACACCAGAAUGGAGCACUACAGAGGAACCUUCAGUCUGUGGUGUCACCCCAAAUUUGAGGAUCGCUGCCAGUCUGUGGUGGAGUUUAUAAAGAGGGCGAUCAUGCACUCGAAAAACGGGAAGUUCCUUUACUUCCUGCGAUCCAGGGUUCCAGGUCUCCCUCCAACGCCUGUCCAGCUCCUGUAUCCUGUCUCCAGGUUCAGCAACGUCAAAUCCCUCCAGCACCUUUGCCGCUUCCGGAUCAGGCAACUUGUCCGCAUAGACCACAUUCCAGAGCUCCCACUGCCCAAGCCUUUGAUCUCCUACAUCCGGAAGUUCUAUUAUUAUGACCCCCAAGAGGAGGUGUAUCUGUCGCUGAAGGAAGCUCAGCUGAUCUCAAAACAGAAGCAGGAGACUGAAUCCUUGACGUAGCGAGGCUGCCUCGCCCAUCUUGUCAUUGUCACAGACGGAAUUUGCUUGCUGAGAUCCUGUAGCAAAGAGCCUAAGCAAAGCUACAGCAGAAGGGAGGCGCAGGAAGGGGGAAGCCUGCCUCUGCAGUAGUGACUUCUGCUUUCAAGCUCUUUUGUCCUUUGAAGAGGAUUCCUAAGAAGCACAGCAGAAUGGAAAUUGGAGCUCUGGCUCCUGGCUUGGAGAUGGAGCCUUUGACAGCAAGUGAACUGGAUCCCAGACUCCUCGCAGAACGGAGAAUGUCAUGGCACUGUUUAUUAUUUAAGUUUUUAUUUUUGAUGUUUCCAUUUCUCAGCAUGGGAAAUAUUUUCUUUAAGAGCAGCUGGAUUUUAUUAUACCGCAGAUUCAAGGGUGAGGGAAGAAAGAUCUUACAGCAAGAUCAUCCAAUCCAGCCACCCUGGUAAAACUGCUCUUUGGCUACCAUCAUGUGGCUGUGGCCAAAGAACUGCUGGGAAGGAAAAUGGGCCAGAUUUGUUUGCAGCUAUAUAGAAUAAUUGAGGUGGGAGGGAGGAGAGGCGCUAGCGCUCUAAACAGUGCAGCUUCGUAGAUCCUGUGCUUUCUAGGAGACAGUGCAAGAGCCCAGCCUAGCCUGGAGUAGCCGAGUGGUCCUGUGCACUUUCACAUCCUAUCCAAGGAGGGGAACUGUGUGUGAUCCAUUCAAAUGUUCUGAAGCCUUCUGCCAGUGGAAUAGCUUGUAGCAUUGAGGAGUAAGAAGCUAUCAGCCACCCAGCAAAUGCCAAAAGAUCUAACCCAAGAGUUUUUUGGGCUGAAGUCCUUUACAGUUCCUCCUGUGAUAGCUGUGGAAUCUGGCAAAGCUGUUGUGUCUAAAUUCCAGCAAUCCCUGAGCCAAGGGCAUUCCUGCCUCACUGAAGCAAUCUCAGCACUGCAGAGCCAUGGGGAGUUUUGUUAUGGCCUCUGUGCUGGCUAUUCCCAAAAGCUGUGAAUGAAAUGGCUUUUUAAUCAAAGGAGCAGUGUCGAAUCCUGACAACUAAUUGCGAAGGCUGUUGUGGGACAUCUUUCCUACUCAACAGACGGGGAACAAACUUUUGAACCUGACCGUGGGUUAGGUGGGAUGAUUCAGGACCGAAGGAUGAUCCCAACGUAAUUGGAGACAGCUUCCUGAUUUUCCUGUGAGGGUGAUGCUCUGUAUUUCUAGCCUUUCUAGUGAUGACCUAGAACAUGAUGAUCUGGGAGUAUUGCAGCACAGAACAAUUCCUGCAGAUGGGGCCAGUAACAGGAGAGCUAAAACAGUGUUGCUUCUACUGUUUUUGCCAUGUGGCUCCUAAAUUUGCCAUGGCUUACUGCGUUUGGUGCUAGUAAUAGCCCUCUCCAUCUCAAGAAGCCUGGUCUGCUGCUGUCUUCACAGCUAAGGAGUUAUUUUCAUAGCAAAAUGUAGUGUCUGUCCUUUGGUGGGGAUGAGACCCUUCUAAGGAGGGGUCUCGCGUCCUGUCUAGUAAAACUAAAAAUUCCUCUCAACUUGACUGAUGCCCACCUCCCCUUCCAGCAGCAUGGUGAUCUGGAAGUUGUGAUGUUUGUGUCUGGCACUUGGGCUGUGAUCUUCUAACCUGGCAGUCCUUUCGUCGAGUUCUGAGUGUCCCCUACGUUGGAUGUAGCAAUUCGUGAGCCUUUAGGAUUCACACCAUUCCUUAAGGAAUGGUGUACAUAUUGAGGUUAGAGGGUAGCAUGAAAUCUGCCUCGCUCUCUGUAAAGAGCUCCUACAGAGCGGGCUGGAGGCCAGGGCUCUUCCUUUCCUGUGUAAAUGAGAACAACUUAACUUCCGGAUGAAACCACAACAAGGCUUAAGCAGUCUCUAGAAAUACCUCGUCUGAAAAAAUUUGCUACUGAAUCUGCAUCCCGUUGGUGGUUACCUAUUUGGGCAGGGGGUAGCAGAGAGGGAUGAAUACUCUUAGACUGGUCAUUUACAGGACGUUUACGCUGCCCAUCCCCCCAAAAAAACAAACAAACAAAAACCCAACCCAGCCCACAACUGCAAGUCUCAGAGCCUAAGUCAAGCUAUGGAGGCUGAAAAUAGCAGUGUAGAUGUUCCUUCUUUGUGCUGGAGUUCAAGCCCCAAGACCUACCUCUCUGGCUAGGUUUCAGAACCCAAGCGGGAAUGUCUGUGUUGCUAUUUUUAGCCCCGUAACGCAAGCCAGAGCCAGUUGAUCUGGGCUCUAAGACUCGCUACUUUGGGUUUUUAUUGCAGUGUAGACAAAGCUGUAGCAUGUCUUGUUUUCUUGUGAAAUCUGGGCUCUUUAGGUCCAUAGCACAACAUGGCCCAUCAGCGAGGCCUCCAGAAGUUUCAUCUCUCUCAUAAACCCUACGUCCCCCCACCAGCCGGAGAUUUGCAGUUCACAUAUAGUCGUGGGCCUAGUUAAGAUUAAGGAGCGCACAGUAAAUUGAGACGAAUGAUGCACAGCCUGAAAAUCCAGCCGUGCUGCUUGGAUGCACAAGACUGAUUGCGUCUUCCUUUACAGUGGGAGGUGCCCUGGAUCUGACAGCGAUCCCUGAUGUGUAGCUCCUCCAGCUUUGAUACAGCUCAUCCUAGCCAUGGAUUGAGAAUCCAAAUAUUCAACCUCCAGCGAAUUCAUACACUGGAAAAAAAUCUACUUCCCUGGAGUGACUGCGAAGGAGGAUCUGACACCUCCAAAAUGUCUAUAAACUUACGUGCAGCUGCAGACUAACAGCUCAUUAACCUUCCCUCUAAUUGGACAGCUCUGUGAGGCACUGGAUUGGGAGAACAAUGCAGAGCGUGGAGGGACUCCGAUGGUCCCUUGUUUUCCGCCAGCCGUGGGGACUACCUGCAAUCAACAUGGGUCUGUGAGUCUUGCAGAUCUGCUUGUAAAGAGAGUGGGGGGGAGGACCUAUCCCCACCUCCCUUAAAUUCGGAAGAUGUCUGUGCUGUUUCUCACAUACCAACCACCCAGAUCUUUCUGGAGCAGAAAAAGAUUCAAGCUGUCAAACUGAUGCUGGAUUUGGGGAAGCAAGGUGGAGACUUAAAUAGGCAGGCUGGAAAAAGAAGAGGAAAUGUAUUUGGAAUGGCCAAGCACUGAAAUAACCCCGUAGAAUGAGUUACCAUCCCUGAAUGGGGUUGGGGGGGGGGGAAUCUUUUUUUUGGAGGGGGGCAGGAUAAAAACGCACAAAUCAACACCCCAGCAUUGGCUGGUUGAAAGAGAAACGCUGAUCUCAACUAUUCUGACCUCUUCAUUCUCUGGCAUGUUAAUUCUCCACUUCACUCUCCUUUUUUAAGCCCUGUGCAACUACUGAGGACGUGUUCCUGCUGAGCCAUUGAGUCCUAGGGCAAGUCAUAUACAUAAAACAAUCAGGAGCAGUCCAAGAAGCAGAGUAACUUACUGAAAUGCUGUUGCAUCUGUAUUUGGUCUUCUGUAAGCAUUCUCGAAAAGGAAUUUCCCUCAUGGGCUGUUUGGCAAUUUCUGCUGGUACUUGAAACUUGAAUGCUGCAGCGGGUGAGCGUUCUAGCCGGAUGGUGGUCGGUUAACAGGGCUGUGGCUUGCAUCCUUGAGCAGCUGGUCAGAGAUGCUUUUAUUUUCCUCUGCCUGGUGCCAGGGAUUCCUUGGUAUGGAAUGUAAUGCUGUCUGCUGCUGAGCAUAGGAGGCGCCUCUGUUAGCAGAAGCCUCUGUCUUACCAACAGGUAUCCUGUAAGCACCUUGCAAAAGUCAGAAGCUCAUCACAAUUUUACUAGCCUGUACUUUUUCCAUGGAGAAAUUAACAAGGCUUUACCUGUCUGCAAAUUACUCUGUUUGUAAGGCUUCACUUUAGUUGCCUUCAACAAUAGGAAACUCCACCAAACUUACCACGGGCUUGCGGGUUUCUGCAUGCUAUAGUAAAUGAGCUAAUCUGAAGCAUGUCUCUCUCCUUACGCAACAUCAUUUUAGUGAUCUGUGUUGAAUGAAGGCAGGCGUAGCAGCAACACACGACAUGUAAGGGUGACAGAGUGCCACACCCCUGCCCUGUAAAGUUACGCUAUCUCCACAUUUCUCAGGCAUAGCCGAGCAAAGGGAGGCACAUGUACUGCAUAACCAUUCUGCUGCCUCUUUAGUAUCGCUUGGAUAACAUUCCCGACAGGCUUGCAGUAAAUAAGAACUCUUUUGGAAUCCAUGUUUAAAAGAAGUUUGUUCGUAUUGAAAGUACCUCUUAUCACUUCAGGGCUAGGUUUCUGAGCUAGUAGUUCUUCCUGCUGGAGGGAUGGCAAUGUCGUAGAUUCUGGCAACAGGUGUAAAUGUUUCUUUUACUGCUUCAAUUCAGAGACUAUCAAAAUCUGAAGGGAAUGGACAGAACCAUCUCCUCUCCAGCUGUUCUUCCUUGCUGGAUGUUGCAGGCCUGUGGAUGGAGAUCUUACAGGUGACCUGUUCCUAGUUCCCAUUUUGUGAAUGAUCCCGGUCCCCAUGUAGGGAGGAACAUUUCACAUUCUUAUGGGAAUAUUUUGUUUUCCUUGUAGGUUAGUGGGCUUGUGUAGAUUUAAGGGGACAUGAUCAACUUGAUUCUCUUAAAGUUACUUAAGGCUUUCUUUAGUGUCCUGGUCUCUUUUUUCCUU